GGUUUGAAGUGGUUUCCAUCAUAUACAGGCUUUACAGCUUGGUUCAGUAGCUCUCAGCCCCUCCCAUACAAAUCCUUCCAGCACCCCUGCUUGCUCUGCUCAAGGAAGAGGGGCUUGGCCCUGUUUCGGUGCCAGGCUAUGUGAGCCCCGCUUAGAGCGGGAGGCGCUUCAGUGGCCGUGAAGCGGGCUCUGGGCGUGCGAACGAGCCGCACAGAGGCUUUAGGGUGCCUGCUCCGUGACCAUGUUGUCCCGACGCGUCCCUCGCACGCGUACAGCGGACAGGAAAGGGACAGCAGCUCCCUCAGGGCUGGGCGAGGUUAGAGGCGCGGAGCUGCCGGCGAGCCCAGCUGAGGCAGGAGAACGCAGCCGCCUGCUGCGCCCGGUAGCUUAGCGAGGCAGCAGCGGCAGGAGGAGCCGUGCGAAGCAGCGGCCCGGCCCAGGCGCGGGAAGCGAGGGCUCGGCUCGCAGCAGCAGAGAGGCCAGAGCAGAAAAUGGUCGUUUGGGGCUCGUUGCGAAGGCGAAGCUGCUAGGAAGAGCCGAGCCGGAGCCCCGUGCAAGGGGCGGGGGAGGAGGAGCUGCCCGCGCCGUGCAGCCUGCUUAGCCUCCCCUGUCCAGCCAGCGGGGCUGCAGUACCCCAGCGGCCGGCCGCAGUGACUCGUGCGUGACCCGCAGCAGGACGGAGCGGAGCGCCCGCCCCGGCAGCAUGCAGCGGGACUGAGGAGGGGCAGCCCGGCAGCCGCUGCUGCUCUGUGUUUCUUCGCUUCCCCCGUGCCUGGGCUCUGCCGGCUGAGGGCUCCCGCAGGAAAAUGGAGCCGUUCCCUCACGAUCGAAUUCAGUUGCCCAGGAAUAUGAUUGAAAACAGCAUGUUUGAGGAAGAACCUGAUGUGGUUGACUUGGCAAAGGAGCCUUGCUUGCAUCCAUUGGAGCCUGAUGAAGUGGAGUAUGAGCCAAGAAGUUCACGACUACUGGUGCGUGGCCUUGGAGAAAAUGAAAUGGAUGAGGAUGAAGAGGAUUAUGAAUCAUCAGCGAAAUUGCUGGGCAUGUCUUUCAUGAACAGAAGCACAGGUCUCCGUAAUAAUGCAGCUGGCUAUAGACAGAGCUCAGAUGGAUCAUGCUCAGUGCCCUCUUUAAGGACCAUGGUGGUUUGUGCAGUUGUUCUUGUGAUUGCAGUUUCAGUAAUAAUGGUGAUCUACCUUCUUCCCAAAUGUACCUUUACCAAAGAAGGCUGCCAUAAAAAGAACCAUACAAUGGAACUGAUAUAUCCUCUAGCAACUAAUGGAAAGAGAUUUCCAUGGGCAAAAACCAGGCUUCCCAGUAACGUUAUACCACUACACUAUGAUCUUGUCUUACAGCCAAACCUAACAACUACAAAGUUUGCAGGUUCUGUUCAGAUAACUGUUAAUGUAAUUCAGGUCACUUGGAAUAUCAUACUUCAUAGCUCAGGACUUAAUAUCACCAAGGCAACACUGAGUUCAGCAGGUUGGAAUCAGGCAAAACCAGUUGUAGUCCUGGAAUAUCCAAUACGUGAUCAGAUUGCAGUUGUGGCCCCUGACGCUCUACUUGUUGGACAGAACUACACCCUCAGUAUAGACUAUUCAUCUAAUUUAUCAGAUACCUAUUAUGGGUUUUACAAAGUCUCCUACAAGGAUGAACAUGCUGAGAAAAGAUGGCUUGCAGCAACUCAGUUUGAGCCUCUGGCUGCAAGGUCUGCUUUUCCAUGCUUUGAUGAACCAGCAUUUAAAGCCACUUUUCUAAUUAAGAUCAAGAGAGAUGAACAGCACUCCACUCUGUCAAAUAUGCCAAAGAAUGUAACCAUCCCUGUGGCAGCUGGAAUAGUUCAAGAUGAAUUCUUUGUGAGUUUGAAGAUGAGUACUUACCUGGUAGCGUUCAUUGUUGCAAAUCUGAAGAAUAUCAGUAAGGAGACUAAUAAGACUCUGGUAUCUAUAUAUGCCAUGCCACAGAAGCUAGGCCAAGUUGAGCAUGCCCUAGACACAGCAGUGAAGCUCCUGGAGUUUUAUCAGAAGUAUUUUCAUAUAGAGUAUCCUCUUCAAAAAUUAGAUUUGGUAGCUAUUCCUGAUUUCCAGGCAGGUGCUAUGGAAAACUGGGGUUUAAUCACCUUUAGAGAGACAACACUCCUUUAUGACAUUAAAACCUCUUCAGCAAUGGAUAAAAAGCUGGUAACUGCAGUGAUAGCUCAUGAGCUGGCUCAUCAGUGGUUUGGUAAUUUAGUAACAAUGGAAUGGUGGAAUGAUCUUUGGCUGAAUGAAGGAUUUGCCACUUUUAUGGAAUACUAUGCCAUGGAAAGAACUUUCCCAGAGCUGCAGACUGAUGAAGAAUUCCUGAAACUACGAUUCAAGACAAUGAUGAAAGACUCCUUAAACGCCUCGCGUCCAAUCUCCUCUGCUGUCCAAUCUUCAGAGCAGAUUGAAGAAAUGUUUGAUGCGCUUUCCUAUAUCAAGGGAGCUUCCCUUUUGUUGAUGCUGAAAAAGUAUAUCAAACAUGAUAGUUUUCAAGCUGGGAUUGAGAAUUAUUUGUAUAAUCACAGCUACGGAUCCACCCACAGCGAUGAUUUAUGGGACAGCAUGAAUGAGAUCACAAACGGAACACUAGAUGUAAAAAAACUGAUGAAAACCUGGAUUCUGCAGAAAGGAUUUCCCUUAGUAACUGUUAAAAGAAAAGGAAAGAGUCUCCAUGUCCAGCAGGAGAGAUUCUUGCGCAGCGUGGAAUCAGAAAAUUGGACGUCAGAUGCAAGUUAUCUCUGGCAUAUUCCUCUCUCCUACGCUACUAGCAGCUGCUCUUUCCUCUGUCCUUAUGCAUAUUUACUGGACCAGAAGUCAGCUACCAUUGAACUUCAGGAGGAGGUGGCAUGGGUAAAGUUCAAUGUGGACAUGAAUGGCUACUAUAUAGUGCACUAUGCUGAAGAGGACUGGAAUAGUCUAAUUGCCCUGCUGAGAGAUAAUCUCACUGCUCUGAGUGCCGAAGACCGAGCUCACCUGAUCAACAAUAUCUUCAGUCUUGUGGGUAUAGGAAAGGUGUCUCUGAUGAAGGCCUUUCAUCUGCUUGAUUACCUAGUGAAAGAGAACCACACUGCACCAAUCAGUCAAGCUCUGUUCCAAGUGACUCUCAUCUAUGACCUCGUAGAAAAAAGAGGAAUGCAGCAUCUUGCAGCAAGAGUAGUGGGCAGAGUUAAAAAGCUACUUGGAAGCAAAAUUGAUCAACAGACUUGGACUGAUGAUGGGACCGUAUCUGAACGAGAGUUCCGGUCUACUGUGCUCGCCUUUGCCUGCUCCCAUCACUUGGGAAACUGUAGCACCACUGCCACCGAGCUGUUUAAGGAAUGGAAGGCUUCCAAUGGCACCAAGAGUCUGCCUACUGAUGUUAUGAAGACUGUAUUCACAACAGGAGCAAAAACUGACGAUGGCUGGGAGUUCCUUCUACGCAUGUACACGUCUUCAGUUUCUGAAGCUGAGAAGCACAAAAUGCUUGAUGCUCUAGCCAGCACAGAAGAUAUUAGAAAACUGAUCUGGUUAAUGCAAACAAGCCUGGAGGGAAACCUCAUCAGGGCACAGGAACUUUCGCAUAUCAUAGCAACUGUCAGCCAAAGUCUGCCGGGGCACUUGUUGGCCUGGGACUUUGUCAAAGAGAACUGGGAAAAGCUUAUACGGAAGUUCCACUUGGGGUCAUUUGCUAUCCAGAAUAUAGUUACCAUGUCAACCUUUCAGUUUUCAACAGAGGCCCAUCUACUUGAGGUUAAAACUUUCUUUGAGUCCAAGUCCGAGAAGAUUUCUCAACUUCGCUGUGUCAAGGAGGCUAUUGAGACAAUUCAGCUGAAUAUUAAGUGGAUGGAGAAGAACUUAGCGACACUGCAGCAAUGGCUGUAGAGAACAUAAUGCCACAGAGAGUGUGUGUGUGUUAGCCAUUAAGAAAGCUUGUGAACUGUUGCUUUUGCAAAAGCCAGGGUGAAACCAGGCAUCGCUGCAACAUUGUUUGCACUAUUAGGGGUUCUAGUUAGCUCAGGGCACAUCUCACCUAAGUUUGUUUUUCUUUUGGUCAUUUGUGGGCCAGAUGUAGAUGUUUAUUUAUUCUGGAACUGUGUUCAUCUAUAGACCAAACAGUUGCAUAAAUAACUAAUAAGUACAGUAACUUUAUAUUUGAAACACCCUGUCAUUUGAAAUCCUGUCUUAUCGUUCUCAACACUGGGUAAGUAUUGAAAAAGAGAGCAACAAGGGAAAAAACUGCCAUGAGAGAUGCUUUUUCUUUGCAGAGCGCUGGCUAAUCAGUGUUCUUUAUGCAAAACUGUUGGUAGCUUUGGGUUUAGCUUUUGAUGAUCAAAGUGUUUUUUCUAGACGUUCUAAAAACAUAAGAAUAUACAGCUAUUAUUAUAAUAUGUAUUUUUGUCUAUUAAGUGGCCAGGUGCUACUGAUAUUAUAUGAAAAGAAAACAAAGCCAAAUAGCAAAUAUGAAUGUUUUAGGAGGGGAGAGAUUUUUAGAAGCAUCUCAGUGACUUGGGAGCACAUGUCCCACUGAAAGUCAGUGAGGCGUGUGCUCCUAACUCAUUAGGCACUUUUAAGGGCAAACUUUCAAUUGCCAGACUGAAUUAUUAUUGUUUUGUUGAUGUCUGAGCAACAGCCCGUACCUUCCC